UGUUACCUUCCUGUUAUUCCUAACCUGUGAAAGAAGAAGAAAAACGUCAGCCUACUUACUCCAAGGAGAAAUAGGCAAUGGAUCCCAAAAGCCAGAGAGUGAAACUUAAUGACGGCCACUUCAUUCCUGUCCUGGGAUUUGGAACCUAUGCACCUCCAGAGGUUGCUAAGAAGGAAGCUCUGGAAUUCACCCCAUUCGCUAUAGAGGUUGGGUUCCGCCAUAUUGACUGUGCUCAUGUCUACCAAAAUGAAGAGGAGAUUGGCCAGGUCAUUCGAAGCAAGAUUGCAGAUGGCACUGUGAAGAGAAAAGACAUAUUCUGCACUUCAAAGCUUUGGUUGACUUCCCUUCGACCAGAGUUGGUCCGACCAGCCUUGGAAAACUCACUGAAAAAUCUUCAACUGGACUAUGUUGAUCUCUAUAUUAUGCAUUAUCCGAUGGCUCUGAAGCCAGGGGAGGAAUUAUUUCCAAAAGACGAAAAUGGAAAACUUAUAUUUGACUCAGUGGAUUUCUGUUGCACGUGGGAGGCCCUGGAGAAGUGUAAGGAUGCAGGGCUGGCCAAGUCCAUCGGGGUGUCCAACUUCAACCACAAACAGCUGGAGAGGAUCCUGAACAAGCCAGGGCUAAAGUACAAGCCUGUCUGCAACCAGGUGGAAUGUCACCCUUAUCUCAACCAGAGCAAACUGUUGGAUUUCUGCAAGUCACAUGAAAUUGUUCUUGUUGCCUAUGCUGCUCUGGGAUCCCAGCGAGUAAAAGAAUGGGUGAACCAAAACCACCCCGUUCUCCUGGAGGACCCGGUUCUCUCUGCCAUUGCCCAAAAGCACAAGAAAACGGCAGCUCUGGUUGCCCUUCGCUACCAGAUACAACGUGGGGUUGUGGUUCUGGCCAAGGGCAACAACAAGAAGUGGAUCAAAGAGAACAUGCAGGUGUUUGACUUUGAACUGACUCCAGAAGACAUGAAAACAAUCGAUGGCCUCAACAGAAAUAUAAGAUAUUAUGACCUUCACCUUGGUGUCAGUCAUCCUGAGUUUCUAUUCUCUGAAGAAUAUUGAUUCUCAGCUCUCACUGUGGUUCUUUGAGAAUGUCUUGCUUCUAGGGUGGUGAAGAAGAUUUUGUACUUGGUGGAGAUGCUUAAAUGAAGUGUCUGAAAUUUUGAAAGUUUUCUUUUCCUUUUAAAACAUUUAACACUUCAUGAAACAAUAAAGACUUCAAAGUAAGAA